AUGGAUGCUAGUGCCUCACCUACAAAGUCGAAGGAUGGUGGCUACUUCCAAUGCGGUUUCUGCAGGCGCCAUUAUAACCGUCCUGAUCAUCUCAUCCGCCACGUUCGUUCCCACACUCGCGAGAAGCCCUAUGUCUGCGAGGUCUGUGACAAGGGCUUCGCCCGUCCUGACCUCCUGAAACGCCAUGCCACUGGUCACGCCGCGGACCGGGAUCGCAAGCGGAAACGCAAUUGGUCCUCGCCAAUUUCCAAACAGAGCCGUGUCUCCCAGGCAUGCAAGACCUGUGCUUCUUCCAAACUGAAAUGCGACGAGGAGAAGCCUUGUCGCCGCUGCCGUGAACGCAAUCUACAUUGUGACUGGCAGGAGGUCACCCAAGAUUCCUCCCCAGAGCCGAACGCGGCCCAUUUGGUCGCCUUUGAACCGAUGCCAACUCCCAUGGAUGAAUUUUCAACAGUGGCCGCUGCAGUCUCAGCCACGACCGCCACUCUCCCAUUACUCUCUCCGGAAAUGCCAGCGUCCGAGUUGGUCGAAUACACCGAUCAGUCCCCCCAGUACCAGCAACCGGCCGUCUCGCCGACCGAUCAAGAGAGUGGGAUUUUCAGCGUCGAUGGCACUUUCUUCCCUAGCUUCAUCCCGGACUCUCUGGUUUCGUCGCUAAACCGCUACAACGAUCCCUUUGAACCAUCCAGCCUGAUCCCCGAGUUCACCCACUAUGGUGCCCUGGAAUACCCGCCCUUCGAUUUCAAUCUGACUGAUGGCGACUUUGGCCUCAUCGACAUGUAUAAUUCGGGUAGUAUCUUCCCGAACAUGCACGAAAAUCUUCAACAAGAUUCAUUUGACGCGGACAGCGGGAUCGGCAUUGGCACCGAAGCCUACAACCGUUCCUCUCUCUCCGCAUGGAAACCCGACCGGGGGGACAAGGCUGGCGUCGAUCAUGAGAGUCUAUCGAUUCCACAGAAUAUCAACAGUCCCGAGGCAAUUUCUACACCAGAUCAGCAGAUCCUGUGUGACCGUCUUUCCUCCAGUAGCCGGGACCUCAUCUUUGGCCUCGUUUUGGAGAUCAGCCGAGAAGCCAACUUGACCCGCAUUAUGAAGUCAUUCCCCAGCACCGAGUUGCUAGAUGGCCUAAUCCAACAAUUCUUUGAGCGCCAGGCCAGGAGUGUUGUUUCAUUCAUCCAUGCCCCGACCUUUCGACCGAACAGCGAGCAUGCAAGUAUUCUCGCCGCAAUGGCCUCCGCUGCGGCGGUCCAUUCGCCGAUUCCGACUAUCCGGAAGUUGGGAUACGCCCUCGUCGAGAUAGUUCGGCUAUACAUGCCUACCAAAUACGAAAAUGACAACAGCACAACACGCGAUCUGCGGGCUUCACAAACAUACGCCCUGACCAUCGACACUGGCAUUUGGAGUGGCAAUCGGCGAAAGACAGAGAUUGCCGAGAGUUUCUCGCAGCCUCUCAUCACUAUGCUCCGUCGAUCCCUGCGAUUCCGCCGUUCAAUGUACACCAGUAUCAUACCUUUGCCCGAGGACGAAGGGGAGGUCCUCGAGCAAAAGUGGCAUGCAUGGAUUGAACAGGAGUCGUUCAAAAGACUUGUCUACCAUGUCUUCGUCCACGACGCCCAGUCCGCGGCGACUCUCAACGUCAACCCGAUAAUUUCAUACACCGACAUGGACCUCUCGCUACCAACAGCCCGUCAAAUAUGGGAAGCAAAGUCGGCUAUGGAAUGGAAGGAACUUCUUUGUAAUGCCACCCCCGAGCGCAUGCCCUCCCUCAUCGACCUUCUGCGUGACAUUUCGCAGCUGUCGGUAUUCCAGGAUCGCAUCGACACACAAAUGUCCGCUCUCGUUCUUCUUCAUGGCCUCUCCGCCUUGGUCAACGAAUACCACCGACUCAAGUUCAUUUCGGGUAGCAACUCUAAACAUUGGCAUGCCCUCGUCACCAACUCGCGACAACAAGAACUGGAACAGUCGCUUCAACAUUUCCGCCUGGUGUGCUCAGAGCUUCGUAUAAAGUGCCGACCGGAGAUAAUCUUGGUCUGUGAAGUGGUCUCGAUGCUCCUGCACAUGUCAUUGGAAGAACUCCAGCUCUUUGCCGGCAAAGAGGACAAGCAAGAAGCACGGCGAGUCUACCAAUCCGCUCUGGAGUGGAUUACUAGUCCUGACUCGCGUCGUGCUAUUUGGCACGCCGGCCAAACUCUCCGCGCAGCGCGUCAGAUGGCCCCAGGCUCGAUAACCGGCUUUCUUGCUAUUGGAGUCUACUACGCAAGCUUGGCGUUUUGGUCGUACGGGGUUGUUUCCAAAGCCAGGGACUCCCGAUCAAUUGAGAGCCCCCCCUCUCUCCCAAGGGCCAACUGUAUUCCUUGA